AUGGAACGUAAUUAUCGAGAAGACCAGAGUAAUGAAAUUGAAGCGCUGGAUUCAAUCUACUGCGGUGAGCUGGAAGUGUUGGAAACGGAACCGCAUAAGUUCCGGUUACCGAUCGUUACCACCGAGUACGAUCCGGAGGUUGAGACCGAGGGUCUCUCCUGCCAGCUUUUGUUCACAUACACGGAAAAGUAUCCCGACACGGCACCACUGGUAGAAAUCGAAGAACCCACAAACUUUCACGACGGCUACGAAGAGGAGCUGCUGGAGCACAUCCACAAAACGAUAGAGGAGAGCCUCGGAUUGGAAAUGAUCUUCUCUUUGGUUUCAUCUGCACAAGAGUGGUUGAACGUGAAAUACGACGAACUGAAAAAUGCAGCAGAGACCGCUAAAGAAGAAGCCAAGCGGAAGGUUGAAGAGGAGGAGAUGAAAAAAUUCGAAGGUACACGUGUGACGGUGGAAUCGUUUUUGGCUUGGAAAAUGAAGUUCGACCAGGAUAUGGGCAUUACGGAACGAAAAGAAAAAGUAGCUUCCGAAACGCGCAAGUUAACGGGACGAGAGCUUUUCCUCAACGACAAUACUCUCAACGAAUCCGAUCUCAAGUUCCUCAUGGAUGCUGGGGAAUCGAUCGAGAGCGUGCGUAUUGACGAAUCGCUUUUCCAGAAUAUAGAGGAUCUCGAGCUGGACUCCGACACGGACGACGAAGAUUACGUGCCAGAGUAAGGAUGCCUUGAAGAGCGAAAUUGUUGAUUACUUGAAAAGACUGUGGACUGCCGAAAUA